CUCUCCUAUUUAAAGACAACCUCAUCAUCAGCUCCUUCAAAACUAGCCGUUACAUAUUCAAUUUUCUCUCUCUAAAACUCUCUCUCUCUCCAAAUCCAGAAAACUCAAAUGACAAUCUCAGUAGAAUCUUCAUCCUCUGCUUCCCUUAACAAGGGUUCACCAAGCUUGAUGGGUUCUUCACCGAAUUACAGUCCAUCAUCAGAUAAACGAUUCUGGAGUAAUCUUCGCAGUAGGGUAGAUACUCUUCUUGAAAACCGCGAAAAUCACAACCCUGCUCACAAGCAGCUCGAUGGAGCAGAGAAUCGAUCGAAGAGGAUGAAGGAGGAUGCUAUGCUUUUACUAAGAGGAUUUGAUUCAGUUUCUUCCUCUCUUUCACUGUUAUCUGACAAUCUGGAAAAUGCCCUUCAGGGAGCAAGGGAUCUAGCAAAACCACCCACGUUGACAGAUAUACUUCAUUGCACAAUGGAGAAGGCAAGUCGAGAAAACCAAUUAAAGGAAGGUAAACAUGAGGGAGAUGAAGAAAAAGAAGAGACUGAAGAAGGAAAUAAAGGAUUGAAGAGGAAAUUGGACGAAUGUUCAGAGGAUUCACAACAAGAUGAUGAUACCAAAAAAGAAAAUGGGCAGGUCUUGAAACAUAUUGGGAAGUUCAAGAAAGCCAAAAAUCUUGCGAUUUCCAUGGCGUCAAAAGCAGCCACGUUAGCUCGAGAACUGAAAUCAGUGAGAUCAGAUUUGCGCUUUAUGCAAGAACAUUCUGCUCUUUUGGAGGAGGAGAAUAGAAGGCUUCGUGAUGGCUUUGACACUGGGAUACCACCAGAAGAAGACGACCUGGUGAGGCUCCAAAUGGAGGCACUUCUAGCUGAAAAAUCCAGGCUCGCAAAUGAAAAUGCAAACUUGAAUAGGGAGAACCAGUGCCUUCGACAACUUGUUGAGUACCAUCAGUUGGCCUCAGAAGAUCUCUCUGCGUCCUACGAAGGCUUACUUAGAGGAAUGGGAUUGGAAAUUUCAUGUUCACCUGAGGAACAUACUGAGGCAAAUGAUGUAUCCGGAGCACGUGAAAAAGAUCUAUAUGGAAUUUCCAAAUCCCUUGAUGAUAUCUAUGAUGAUGAAUGAAGAAAUGGUGAAUUUGAGUAAAACUGUUUUUUACUCCUAGUAUAAUCGCACCAGUGGAGUCUGCACGCCAUGUUGUAAUCUUACCUAUAUCAAAUAUUGUAAAAGAAAGAUUGUACCCUAUGUUGCAAGUUGAUGGAAGACAACAAUUUUGUUGUUUCCUAUAUACUUCUUCCUUUUCUGUUUCUUCUUCCCUUGGGAUAUUUGAUAACUAGAUUGGAAUAUUUGUAAUAGUUUAAAGAUGAACUUUGUAUCUAUACAAUUUCCCUAUGUUUCAUGACAGUGACGUAUUUCAGUUUGUA